UUGUUAAAUGGGUGUUACUGUGUUGCCACAUGUUUGUAUGUACCUAUUUCAUCAUAUUUUGCGUACACACACACAAAAAAAAAGAGAGAUGAAAAUGACAGGCAAAAAACACCUGAUUUUCAUUUCCUUUUUUGUGAAAAAAAAAAAAGUGUAGCUUAUGCGCAAGAUAAAACAGUAUUGAUAGUUAUUAUUUUAUAUGUGUUAAUUAUAUUCAUUGUGAAUAUCCUUAUAAUCAUUACAGAUUCUCAUCUUCAAAUUGCGCUCAUAGCUUUGUUCUGUGAAAUGAUGUACAGAUUUCCAAAUUUUUCUGUUGGUGUAUUUACAAGAGAAAGUGUGCGUGAAGCCUUAAAAAGUGGUAUAACAGCUGAUCAGAUAAUAAAAUUUUUACAAAUGCAUGCUCAUCCUGAAAUGUUGAAACAGAAACCAAUCUUACCUCCAACUGUUGUGGACCAAAUUCGAUUAUGGGAAAUGGAACGAGAUCGUUUUAAGUUCACGGAAGGUGUCUUAUACAGCCAGUUCUUAUCACAAAGUGAUUUUGAGUUGCUUUGUAACUACGCACAGGAUUUGGGUGUUUUAAUCUUCAGCAAUCCUUCAAGACGGGUGAUGUUAGUUAGUAAGAGUGGUCAUGAUGAUGUUAAAAGGUUUUGGAAACGGCACAAGCAAGAUCAUUAAUCUUCCAUUAUUGGCAGUUAAUGGCAAAGCUGCAAAGCCCUUCGACAUCAUGUUAUGCAGUUGCAUUGUAAUAUAAAUAUGCCACCAUAUCUUUUGUAAAUAUUUAGUAAAGUUUUUUAUACAUCUUGUUUUCACA